AUAUACUAAUAGAGAAAUAAUAAUCCCUAAAGGGAUUAAAACCUCUUUUAGGUAUAUAAGUUUUUCCGCUUUAAAGUAUUAUAAAAUAGAAAGUAAAAAGUUAAUAAAAGAUAGCUAG